AUGCUGGUUGCUCUCACGCUUGGUCAGGGACCGCUUCGUUGGCCUCAGAUGGGAUGGAGUUGUAGUUCUUCGAAUGGGGAGGUCAAAAUUCUUCUCAAGCUGGCCACGAACAAAGCACCGCUCGAGCAUAUUCGUUCAAUAAACAUGGUCCUCAUGGCAAUCAUGCUCGCCCUUAUAGCUAGUGGGAUACUCAGGGAGCCGAGCCUAGAUAGCCUUGCGGUCGAGAGUCCCACUGAAGCUGGGGGUAGAAAUAAAGACGAUAAGUUAGAUAAUAUCACGUGGAAGAAAUUAUGCACAAACAAACCAAACUCGAGCAUACCGAUCUCAUCUUCUGUCAAAAGAGGUUGCGGCCUCGUGAAAAGACCACAGUGGAAAUGUAGUCGAUCGUCGGUGUUGAUGGUUGAGGAAUAA